AUGUCGCAGCCUGCGGUGGCCGACACACGCCGGCUGAACUCCAAGCCCCAGGACCUCACGGAUGCCUACGGCCCCCCCAGCAAUUUUCUGGAAAUAGACGUGUUUGAUCCACAGACCCUGGGCGUGGGUCGAACCCGGUAUACCGUAUACAAAGUCCGCAUGCGGACAAACCUUCCCAUUUUCAAACUGAAGGAUUCCUGUGUGACAAGAAGAUACAGUGACUUCGAGUGGUUAAAAACUGAGCUUGAAAGAGACAGUAAGAUUGUAGUGCCGCCGCUGCCUGGGAAAGCCCUGAAGAGACAGCUGCCCUUUCGCGGAGACGAGGGCAUUUUUGAGGACUCCUUCAUCGAGGAGCGGCGAGUGGGUUUAGAGCAAUUCAUUAACAGAAUUGCCGGUCACCCUUUGGCCCAGAACGAGCGCUGUCUUCACAUGUUUCUUCAAGAGGAAACCAUUGACCGAAACUACAUUCCCGGAAAAGUACGACACUAG